GGGCUCGCUUUGUUGGUCGGGAGCAGAUUGCUCUUCAGAGUCAUCGGGGAAUCGAACACUGUUCAGCGAGUUCAUCAGCAGCGGCUCCAGAACACUCACCGACCCACACCCGUGUCACCAGCCGCCGGAGAGAUGCCGUCCGACAGACCCUUCAAACAGAGGAGGACCUUCGCUGACCGGUGCAAAGAGGUGCAGCAGAUCCGUGAGCAGCACCCCAACAAGAUCCCCGUCAUCAUCGAGAGGUACAAGGGGGAGAAGCAGUUACCGGUUCUGGACAAGACCAAGUUCCUGGUGCCCGACCACGUCAACAUGAGCGAGCUGGUCAAGAUCAUCAGGCGUCGUCUGCAGCUGAACCCGACCCAGGCCUUCUUCCUGCUGGUCAACCAGCACAGCAUGGUGUCCGUGUCCACGCCCAUCUCCGAGAUCUACGAGCAGGAGCGGGACGAGGACGGCUUCCUCUACAUGGUGUACGCCUCGCAGGAGACCUUCGGCUGCUAGGGGGUGGAGGCGGGC